GCGAUGGUAGUGCGGCCUGGAAUUUGAAACACUGCACGCAAAUCCACUCUCCUCCUGGAGGUUGCUUGUGAUGACAUCCAACCUUACUGACACGAUCGGGCCGCUUCCUCGAUCGUCUGCAUGGCGCAGGAGUAAGAUCAGACUACAAGUACUAUCCUAGCAUACAAGUAGAAUAGCAAUCGCAGGCAAGAUUGGAGUGCUUGAAGCGGAUGGGAAAGCAUGUAAUAAAUUACAUAGCCUAGACGGCCGUAGGACGUCGACGAAGGUAUCCAGCAACAUCUUCCAGUGAGUUUAUUCAUCGAGAAAAUAAAUUUAGUCAAGCGAUGUUGUUCUAUGUAGAGUGCUUGCAGUCGGAGCGGAAGAAAGAGAAGCAGACGGUCACACUGUGACUACACAUCUCUAAACCGUCGACGUGGUUUCUUUCUCUCCCUCCACUUUCUCUAAGGAGAGGGACCAGACAUGCAGCCGUGGGCCCUCUUCAGCGCCCUUACACUUCUUAUAAUCGCGCCCGACGCGCUUGCAGUCAAACAGCAAGACUUCAAGACAUGCUCGCAGGCGGGUUUCUGUCGAAGGGGGCGGGCUCUUUCCGCACGUGCUGCCGAAGCCAAGUCCUCCUGGAAAUCCCCCUACUCCGUCGACGUCUCCUCCGUCUCCAUAGCGUCGGAUAAGUCCGUGUUCACCGCCGGCGUCAAGUCCUCGCUCUACCCUGACAUCCAAUUUGGCUUGGAGGUCCGCGUGCACGAAGACGGGGUCGUGCGCGUGAAGAUGGACGAGGUCAAUGGGCUGCGGAAGCGGUACGACGAGGCGGCGUCGUGGGCGCUGAUUGCCGAGCCCACGAUCAGCCGCGAAGUGACGUGGGUCGCAGGGAAGAAAGACAUCCGCGCCAAGUACGGCAAGAACGAGGUCGUCGUCGUUUAUGAGCCGCUCAAGGUCUCGCUGCUGCGUGACGGGAAGGAGCAGGUCGUGCUCAACGGCCAGGGACUAUUACACCUGGAGCAUUUCCGGACCAAAAUCGAGCAAACCAAAGCUGAGGAGGUCGUGACCGAAGGGGAGGAACAGGCUGUACUUUCCGAAGCAGUCAGACCCCAGGCCUGGUUUGAGGGCGACAAGGAAGAUGACUACUGGACGGAGCAAUGGUCAAGUUGGACGGAUACAAAACCCAAAGGCCCCGAGUCACUCUCUCUCGAUAUCUCCUUCCCGAGACACGGAGUCCUCUACGGUAUUCCCCAGCACGCUACCAACCUUGCACUUCCCACUACCGCAGGCGAAUCGGCUACGUUCAGCGAUCCAUAUCGCUUGUACAACGCCGAUGUUUUCGAAUACCUAGCAUCAUCCACCAUGUCCCUCUAUGGAUCGAUCCCCAUUCUCUACGCUCACUCUGCCGAGUCAACUGUCGGCAUCUUCAACGCUGUCGGCUCAGAGACUUGGAUCGAUGUUUCGCACUCGACCGAACAGUCCAGUCAAACCCACUGGAUCUCCGAAUCAGGAAUCCUGGAUGUGUUUUUGAUGCCUGGACCCACCGUCGAUGAAGUGUUCGGGCAGUACGCGCGACUGACGGGGACGCCUGUGCUUCCGCCCCACUGGAGUCUUGGGUACCACCAAUGUCGCUGGAACUAUGUGAGCAGUGACGACGUCCGCACUGUGCAGAAGAGAUUCGAUGAGGAGGAUAUGCCUGUGGAUGUUUUCUGGCUGGACAUUGAGUAUGCCGAGGAGCACAAAUACUUCAUUUGGGACCAGAAGACGUUCCCGGAUCCGGUCGAGAUGACCAACGACGUCGCUGCUCUCGAACGAAAAAUGGUCGUGAUCGUCGACCCACAUCUGAAGCGUGCCAACAACUACCCAGUCUACCACGAAGCUUCUGAGCGCCAGAUUCUGGUCAAGCCUCCUAGUGGUGAGGGAGAGUACGAGGGCUGGUGCUGGAGUGGCAGCAGCUCGUGGAUUGACUUCUUCAACCCGGCUGCUUGGGACUGGUGGCAGUCGCUAUUCAAGCCAACUAUCUUGAGCACCGGGGGCUGGAGCUGGCUUGCUAGUACGACCGACAUCCACAUCUGGAACGACAUGAACGAGCCCUCUGUGUUCAAUGGACCGGAUAUUUCCAUGCCGCGUGAUAAUGUCCAUCACAACGGAUGGGAGCAUCGCGAUGUCCACAACAUCAACGGAAUGCUUUUUGCCAAUGCGACCUCGCGAGCCGUCAAAUACCGGACCGAUCCUCCAACGCGACCAUUCGUGCUGACCCGUUCGUUUUUCGCCGGCUCUCAGCGCUUCGGUGCGAUGUGGACUGGAGAUAACCUUGGAACCUGGGAACACAUGGCUGUUGGUCUCAAGAUGGUCCUUGCGAACGGCAUCGCUGGUAUGAGCUUUGGUGGUGCUGAUGUGGGCGGUUUCUUCGGCAACCCUGAGCCGGAAAUGCUGGUGCGGUGGUACCAAGUUGGGAUCUUCAAUCCGUUCUUCCGUGCACAUGCGCACAUUGAUACCAAGCGCCGGGAGCCGUACCUACUGGAACAACCUUACAAAGGCAUCAUCAAGGAUCUGCUCCGUCUGCGAUACAGCAUGCUGCCGAUAUGGUACACUGCUUUCCGCGAGACGAGUGUGACAGGCGUUCCUGUUCUCCGUCCCCACUACGUCAUGUUCCCGAAAGAUCCCAAAGGAUUUACGCUUGACGACCAGUACUUCAUCGGCAGCUCGGGUCUGCUUGUCAAGCCCAUUACGAGCAAGGACACCAGGGAGACAAAGGUCUACCUUCCCGAAGAUCAGGUGUACUACGACUACUUCUCCCACUUCGCACACCGCGGAGCCGCAAAAGGCAGGGAGAUCAGCAUCAAAGCGGACCUCCACGAGGUUCCGCUCCUGAUCCGGGGUGGAUCCAUUCUCUCUACGCGGGAACGGCCGCGGCGCUCGUCGCCUCUGAUGCGCAACGAUCCGUUCACCCUGCGCGUUGCGCUCAGCAAGGCCGGGGCGGCGCGCGGGGAGCUGUACCUGGACGACGGGGUGACGUAUGCUCACGAGGCCGGGCAGCUGCUCUGGCGCGAAUUUGGCGCGGAGACGAUCAAGAAGACCGUGCGGAUAUCAUCCAAGGAUCUGGCCACGCGGAAGAUCGACGUGGCGGUCGACGGCGUUUCUUUGGCGACGUACGAUCCGAGCAACGCGUUUGUGCAGAGCAUCAAGGAUGUGCGGGUGGAGAAGGUUGUUGUGCUCGGCGUCGCGAGCAAGCCGGCGAGCGUCAGGGUCGAGGGAGGGGGCGAUCUUGUCUGGGAGUACUCGGCUGGCGUGUCUGCCAGCGGAAAAGGAGAAGGUGUUGCGAGUGUGCUGGUGAUCAAGGACCCCAAGGUCUUGGUGUCAGAAGACUGGUCCAUCGUUAUCCAACUACUGAAGCGGGCCUCCGUCCUGGCCUAUAAAUUGCGCGCGGGAGGGGCAGUGGGUCAUCUGCAAGCUGGUUCCAAAGGAAAGAUGCAUCUUCUCGGCCAGACCUCUGUGCUAUUUGCGCUGUUCAGCUAUGUCGCUGCCCAGAAUUGGCACUUCCUGACGUUCGUAACGCCUGCUGGCUCGUACAUCUCGUCGUACACGGGCAGCUUCGUUGCGCCCACCCUGCCCGGCGCGGCGACGUACUACCUGUGGCCGGGCCUGCAGCCCCCCGACAACGCGGGCGUGCUCCAGCCCGUGCUCGACGGCCGCAGCGGGACGUGGUGGAUCGGCUCGGGCUGGUGCUGCUCGAACCCGUCCCUCGCAUGGGGCUCUGGCUUCAACGUUGCGAACGGCGGGACGGUGAACUUCGCGAUGAACGCGAACAGCAUCGCGAGCGGGACCUGGGCGACCUCGCUGUCCGACGGCAAAGGCAACACCGCGACGGGCUCUUUCCCUCUGCCGACGCACCCGAUGAAUCAGGCCAUCAUGGCCAUCGAGCUCUACGGCGUCACGUGGACCUUUGGGCAGUUUGCGUUCAAGGACGUGUCGAUCGUCGCGAAUACGACGUCGACGGCCUGGUGCACCGGCGGGCCGCGCAACUACCAGAGCGCGACGGUCGUGUCCAUGUCCACGCCGGUCGCGACCGUCUCCGGCGGCCACACGACCUGCAAGAUCAGCUCUAUCAUCUUGGUCAGCCCUGUCGCGGGAACGUGAGGUGUUGCAGCUGGUAUUGGUGCUUGAUAACGAGUAUUCAAUCAGAUAAGAUAACGCCUGGCAUGCUUAUUACGUAACUUCUGAUACGGCCCAAUCACAACUUGAAUUGCACUCCCAGAACACGAUCCCGUCCAUAUUACAACCGAGAAAUAACCAAGAAAUAAAGCUCAAGUAUCAUAUAUCAACAUCCAUCCCAUCAAAAUCAGGAAUCCGAGGUCGCGCAGGCAACCGCGCGUUGCCCCGAAGGGGUCUUGUUGCAUGCUUAGGUUGAACCGGCACCACCUUCGCCUGCCCGACAACUCCUUGCGCCUCCCGAUUGAGGUCUUCCAGCAGGUUCCGUCUGCAAUCAACCUCACUGCUGCUGCCGCUGCUGGAUGCUUUCUGCGGGGACCUGGUGAGGUCGCGGCUGCCCAUGAACACAUUCAGCCGCGCUUGCGCAGCAGCCAGUCUCUGCUCCCGCGUCGUGCACGGAAGGACCUCAUCAGGGAUCGUCCCUAUCGACCCCGUUUGCGUCGUGGUGGUGGUGGUGGUGCGCGGCGUCAUCGGGCCGCCCUUGAGCGUGAGGGUCCGGAACUUGUACGUCUCGCAGUGGGUUGACGCGCGCCGGGCGGGUGGCAUUGGCCGCACGACCCUCAGCUUCGUCUUUCCCGGCACCGUCGACGGAGGUAGUGGCCGCUUCGGUGUCAGUGCACCCGGGCCUCCGGGGACGAAGUAUGGGUGGGAGAGCGACAGGUCGCCGGUGCCGAUGAACACAUCUUCGUCUUCGUCGUCAUCUAGGUCGUAGUCGUCGGUCGGCCGUGUGGAGCGGUCGGAUCGGCGCAAAGGGGGCGUGGUGAAGAGAUUGAUGACUGACUUGCGCCGCGGAGGUGUUUUGACUGUCGUCUGUGCACGCACUGAAGUGGGGCAGACUCGUCCUCGGGAUAAGCACGUCUUUUAUAUGUGCGAUGCGCUUUGAACGGGACAACACAAUGCAUCGCGUUCUUAGCCUUACAAGAGGUACCAUAUCCGGACAACAAUGGUCUACAGCCACUCCGCGCAUUGGAGCCUUCCGGAGGGCUAGGCUCGUGCUUCAUCGCUUCCGACCUCCUCAGCUGUUCUCGUUGAUUUGGCAAUUCCUUCAUCGUCAAGUUUUCUGUCUUGUUCUGGUAAUGGUGCUGCAUCGACUGUAUAACUUCGCAGACCGUUUUCUCCUAUAUUAGCAUGGGUCGAACGAUGCAGGAGUCCCCCUCCUAUGAAUACCCGCGCUGCGAGAGCGAAGAAUGAAUACGCGUCACGCACAGCCUUACCUUCCAAGGACGCGUAGAGUCACGGUACACGUGCAUUGUGACAACUGGACCUUUGGUGGUGCGAAUCCGCUGUGUUGCUAUAGCCUAAGUUGGUAUAGUAAUGGGUUAUAGAUGUCCGUGAGUAAGCAUAGGUGCGAUAAAUUUCCAUAGAUUUUCCAGUCUUUUCAAGAUUUGACCCUUCUGACCUCCCACCGAACACGCAGCUCCCGCUGACUCUCCACAUCGCGCACGAGGACGACGACCUUCCCACCGCCCUCCUCCCAGUGAUCCAAUCUCCUCAGCUUGGUGCAUUUCCAGGCCAGCACGCCCGCCACCUCGUCGUUUUUGCGCACCCGGCUGCGGUCAGCCAGGGUCAGAUUCGCGGCGGUCGCCGUGCCCGACACCUCGUAGAAGAACCGCACGCCGUGGAACGUCGCCAGCUCCGGCAGCGCCGCGAGGAUCUGCGCCCACUCCGCGGCGUUGCUCACGGGCGGGCCGCGCGACGAGCCCGCGGCGCCCUUCUUGCCGACGUCGAGCCACGCCAGCAGCGGUGCGCUCUCGGCGAGGCGGCGGAUGUCCUCCAGCUCGGUCCAGCCGGCCAGCUCGAUGCGGCGCACGGUUGAGCCAAACUGACGCAGACUCGCGAGGAACAACUGAUCUGCAUUGCCCGCUGCGGGGCCGGAGAGCCGCACGCCUUUCAGGGUCUCGAGCGGCCGAGGAGCGCGAGACGGGCUCGAGAGCACGGCCGUGGCGAUGUCCUUGUUGCAGUGCAGCUCACGCAGCUGAGGCAGGGCGUUGGGCGGGAGCACGAGCCGGUGCGACGCGCCGAUGUCGAUGCGCAGAUGCGUCAAGGCGCUGUGGGACGCGAGAAACGUCGCCGGCGCAUCAGCAAUGGAGCAGCGCAGAUUGUUCAGGACGAGCGACGUCAGAUGCGGGAAGCGGCUGUACAGAAGAAGCUCGUCUGCGGAGGGAUAGGAGCCGGGCUGUCCUCCCCUGGGCUGGGUGUAUGUUAUGUCCAAGUCUUCUAGAUUGGGACAGUUGGUUAGCAUUGCCUGCACACGACUGAGCCCAGGGCUCUUGGAGGAUCCGAACGUGUGCUUCGUGGAGCGAACUGCGACGGACUUGAGGCGAUGGAGCUAUAGUAGGCCACACAUCAGUCCCGUUUGGGUCAUCGUAGAAGAUGGACCAUACCACAACGGCGCGCGCGGUUGUGCUGCUGCUGAUGCUUGUCGAAUCCUCUUCAGACAUACCCUUGACCGCCGAGAAGACCAGAUUAUCAUUUAUGUUGAUCGCCUGCAGAGUUUGACACCUGAGGAGGAUCGGCCAGAUGUCAUCGAUUGAGAUUGGCGAGUGGUUGCACGACCAAGAGAAGCUGGUCAGCUGACCCAUUUUCUGCAGAGCGUUGACCAAGAAUCGCUCCUGCUUCUGAUGCAUCCCGAGCUCGUCGUCCGUCGACUCCAUAUCCGUGUCGGUCGAGAUGAUGUCGCCGGGCACCAGGAGCUCGGACAGCGGGGCUCUUUCAUCCACAAUCUCCAGUUGGCGGACAUUGCGCGCGAGCGAGCGGUGCACGAUGAGGUGGUUCCACACACUCAGGGACGAGACCUUGCAGCGGAUGUGCCGGUAGUGAAAGUGCCGCGGAAACACGACGUCGUGCAUGCGCUGGCACGACAGCGCCAGCGAGAAUAGGUCCCGCUUCGUGUCGACGUGCGAGGCGAUCGCGUCCAGGAUCUCCGUCGGCUGGCGCGUGAUGGUGCGGCGCGACGGCGCCAGCCCAACGAAGGGCUCGACGAUGGUGAGCAGAUGGAGUGACAGCUUGUGUUCGUCGGGGGAGCACAUUGAAGGCCCUAUAGCGCGCUGAGGGCGCGCGUUCGAGGGCGGAGAGGGACGGGCACGCACAUGAACGGAUCUGUCCUGUCGUAUGAAGAAACAUUGGUAUCGACCGCCUGGGUCAGCCGGGAAUGAUGCGCAUGGCGGGUUUUGAGCGUCGAGCUCUUGCCAGACGCCUUGGCCCGGGCCGAGGACGGUUUGGGGGACUCGGGACGAGCAGCCAUCGUCGUCGACGACAUCAAGCCACUUGCGCACAUGCACCGCCGCAAUCAACAACAUCACACGAUGACGAUCUGGAUGUCA